AUGAAGUUCUCUGCUGCCACCACUUUGGCUGCCCUUCUGGGCGCCGCCUCAGCCGGCUCCAAGUCCGAUGACAGAACCUUUGCCGUCCUCCGCUUCAACAAUAAGCAGCUCGUCAAGACCCGUGUUGACCCCAUCAUCAGCCCCGGAAAGCCCGCGUCCCACGUCCACGGCGUCAUGGGAGGAAGCAACUUUGGCAUGUCGGCCACCGGCGAGACUCUGUCGCAGUCCAAGUGCACCAACGCCAUGAUCAACGGCGACGACAGCGCCUAUUGGUUCCCGUCUCUUUACUUCCAGGACCCCAAGACCAAGGAAUUCGAGUCUGUCGAUAUUUUCUACGUCAACGUCUACUAUUUCUUUGAUGGCACCGACGAUGAGAUCAAGGCCUUCCCAAAGGGUCUCCAGAUCUUCAGCGGAAACGCCUCUACCCGUGUCGCCCCGUCCUCCGGAGGCAAGCAGAACCUCGAGCCCGCUGACGGCCCGAUCCAACCCGUGCAGUGGACUUGCCCCAGAUCCAGCUACAACCCGCCGUCGUACCCUCUCAACUCUGACGGUACCAUCGCCGGCAUCGUCGACCCCCAAAAUGAAGGCUCCGGAGUCGGUUUCCCCGACCAGAACUGCGACGGCUACGCCUCGCCCCUCCGUGCCGAUGUCCACAUGCCUUCCUGCUACAACCCCAACGUUCCUCUGAACGACUACAAGAGCAUGGCCUGGCCCUCCAACAAGGGCGCGACCAACAGCCGCCGCAUGAACUGCCCUGCCGGAUGGAUCCACGUCCCUCACAUGUUCUUCGAGGUCUACUGGGACACUCCCAAAUUCGCCAACCGCUGGACUCCUGGCCAAGGCGCCCAACCCUUUGUGCUCUCCAACGGCGAUACCUCUGGUUACAGUCUGCACGCCGACUUCAUCGCUUCCUGGGAUGAGACUGUCCUCCAACAAAUUAUUGACAACUGCAACGCCGGCUCUUCCGGUAUGGAUAAGUGCCCCGGUCUUCUCAAGGGCCUCAACACCGACAUGGACUGCACGACUUCCUCCCCCGUUGAUGAGGUUGUCGAUGGCGUCAUGAGCAAGCUCCCGGGCAAUAACCCGCUCGGCGGCUUCGCAUACGGCUCUGUCGUUGGUAGCGGUAGCGGUAGCGGUGCCGUUGUCAAUCCUCCCUCUGGUUCAGCCUCCGGCUCUGCCUCGUCUUCUGCUUCUGCCCAGCCCUCUGUUAGCAAGGCCGCCACAUCCGGCAACGUUAGCCAGGAAGAGGUUCCCACGCCAUCCGCUAGCGUCUCUGCAGAGCUUCCCGUCCAGUUCGCCCCCGAGGUCGGCACCACGGCCGCCGGGACCUCUGCUGCCGCCGCUGUCCCCACUAAUCCCGUCGUCCACAAGCCCUCGGCUUCAUGCUCGCGCAAGACCAGGAUCGUGUACAAGACCGUCACCGUCACCUCGCCCGCAGAGGAGUCCAACCCCGUUGCCACCCCCACUGCCACUCCCACUGCCACCCCCACCGGCUCGACCGACAACUACAAGGCUCGUCGCCACGAGCACGAGCACCUGCACCGCCACCGCAGUCACCGCAAGUAA